AUGGCGAAGGACAAAGAGAGAAGCGUCAAUCCAGCGCAACAGCAGCGCAAAGCUGAGAAGGCAAAGGCACUGAAGAAGGCCAAAACAGAGCAGCAGAACCGCCGAAACGAGAAGCUCGCAAAGCGAAACCCAGACCGAAUCCAGCGUCAAAUCGACGACCUCAAAGCCCUCGAAGCAGCCGGCGACCUCAAGGCCUAUGAAAAGGCACAACUCGAAGAGUUGGAGCGAGAUAUAAAGGCAGUGCGUAAAGCUAGGGAAGCUCUUGGAGAGAAAGCACCACAACAAAGCGGCAACCGCCAGCCCCAAAAUCGCGACCAGGAUCGUCAGGUGCUUGGGAAACGACAGCACAAUGGAGACCGCGUGCCACCACGCCACAGGCGACAAUCUGACGGCAGCGAUACAGAUGACUCCGUCCGAAGGAUACCGAUGCCUGAAGAUACACCGCCGCCAAUUCCACGGGAGCACAGGCGAUACUUCAACCACCAGAACCAAGAUAGGUCGCAGAACAAGGAGAACCCGACUCCGGUCGUGACUCCUGCCGUCGAGCAAAAAACCACCUACAGCGCCGCUCCACAACUGCGUGACCUGAAGAAGGAAGCAACCUCACGUUUCGUACCAGACAUCGUCAAGCGUAAGCAAGCCGCAGUAAAUGGCGAAGGCGGGUUACUGGAACCAGAAGAAUUGGACAAGCUCGAAGCACAGGGCUACUAUGGGCCGGGACGAGAUCAGCAGCAACAGCCUCCUAGCAAUGCACCGAAUAGUGCAGAUCUAGAAGCCCGACGACAGGCCGCCCAGCGGCUCGCCGAGGAAGAAGCCAGGUUUGCAGCAGAGAUGGCGGUGGAUUCGAAUGAUCAGCCUCCCACGAACACACCGUUGGUAAGGAAAACGGUGUAUAUCGAGGAGGUCGAAGACGAGGACGCCUGA